CAGAUCUGAAGCGGACGUGUGUUUGCCGGGCGUGGUCCAACUCCGUAAUGUUCCCCAUACCCGGCACCUCAAGAAUGUAUAAAAGCUUGUUCGAUGUUCAGUAUAUUGCAGUGUUUCCCUAGUUGAACUAGACAUACACAAAUUCAUCAUGAAGGUGUUGCUGUGCUUGGCUGCCGUCCUGUGUGCCGCGAACGCUGGCAUCGUGGCUGGACCCACUGCUUUGGUCCGCGCUCCUAGCUUUGAUAGCGCCAUCAUCAAGUCCGACCGCCUGGGAGGAAACUUCGCCUACAGCACAGCGGAGAGUCACGCUUACGCCGCUGUUAGCCCUGUGGUGCAGAACGUAGUGAGCCCUGUUGGCGUCACUUACUCUGCCAGCCACAUUGCCGCCCCCUUGGCCGCUCCCUUGGCCGCUCCCUUGGCCGCUCCCUUGGCUGCUCCCUUGGCCGCCCCUGCUGUCGCAUACGGCGCUCCUUAUUUGUAUGGUUAAAUAUCACGGAUACAACAUCUCAGCAUCAUAAUUAUUAUACAUUGCAUUUCCUUUUUGCAUGAAUGGACGACAAUCGCUACUGUGCAAUGUUUCUUCUGUUGUAAAGGUACAAAACACUUUGCGCACAUCCACACACCAAUUUAUGGGAAUGGUGAGAAUAUUUAAUUGUUAUUGUCCCUGGGUAAAAUGUAAUUUAUAAAUAAAUAAAAUUUUCACAUUUAAACCAAUGAUCUGA